AAUUCAGAGCUGACCUCACCGUGAUGUAUCGUUGAGCAUCUACCUCAGAGGAACUCUUUUCAAUGCAAAUGCCAAAGUCUCGUGGGGACUAAUCACCUCUGCGCUUAGCAGCAGCAGCAGCAGUAUCUCCUUAUAUCAUGGGACCUGACAGUGAUUUCCUGAGCAAUGGGCUGCUUCACGUCAUCGUAUGGGGAGGUUUGGCUGCCAUGACAAUGCUCCUGUUCUUCAGUUUUCUCAUCUUUCUCUGCUCCAGCUGUGAUAGGGAGAAGAGACCCAAGCAGCAGAAUGGGGAUCAUGAAAAUCUGAUGAAUAUGCCUUCAGAUAAAGAGGCAUUUAGCCAUUCUGUCACAAGUCUGACUACAGAUCCACUUGCCAGCAGUGAACAAAAUGGUGGACUCAGUAAUGGUGAUGUUCUUUCAGAAGACAGCACAACUGCUUGCAUCCAGCCUUAUGAAGAAGUACAAACCUCUGUUACGGAUCUAUUGGAUCAACAGGACAGUCUGGGGAGGUCGUUAAAAUGUCAUCAAAGCCGGGAGCUACCCAGAAUUCCCCCAAACAAUGCCAUAGAUACUGCUCUCACUACAAGAAAUACCGAAAGUGAUCAGGGGCUGGGAAUGGAGGGGCCCUAUGAAGUGCUGAAAGACAGCUCCUCUCAAGAAAACAUAGUUGAAGACUGCUUGUAUGAAACUGUGAGAGAAAUUAAGGAGCUGGGAGCAGCAAGCAACACAGAGAAGAGCAAACCAAAAGCUACGGUGAUGGUUAACGGAAGUCUAGAUCAUGUUCUUGAGCGCAAGAUUGAAUCAGCCGAGUAUGCCUCAGUUGACAGAAAUAAAAAAAGUCGCCAGAGUGCCAAUUCAGAGAGUCCUCUUAGCAACACUCCAGAUGUGGAAGAUGAACUCCCACCUCCAGUACCAGUGAAACUCCUUGAUGAAAAUGAGAAUGUCCAGGAGAAAGGUGCCAAAGAGGAGGAAGUGGAGACAGAAGGGCCCAGUGAACCUGACAAGAGGCUUAGUUCACUGUCUUACAAAUCUCGAGAAGACGACCCAUCUCUUACAGAAGACGAGAUUUCAGCAAUGUACUCUUCUGUAAAUAAGCCUGGGCAGGCAAGCAGAGACCUGGAGUCUACAUAUACCUGUAUUCCAGAAAUUGUACCUCAGAAAUCACCAUCUACUUGCAGUGGCCUCUAUGCCAGCAUGAAGGACUUGGAAAACACCCCACAACUUACCGCCUUGCCUCAGUCAUCAGACAGACUAAAUGGGGAGUUGGAGCCAGACUAUGAAGCAAUUCAGACUGUAAACCAUGAGGAAGACAGAAGUGUUUUUGUGCCUAACAGCAGCCAAUCGGUCCUCUCACAAGAGAAUGACUAUGAAAGUAUUGGGGACUUGCAGCAAAACAAGGAAAUCACCAGGCUUUAAUUCUAUCAAAGGGCAAGGCUCUGGGAAUGGACUUCUUGACAUGUGCUCCAGGAGUUCCAGGGUGGAUCUACUCCAUAUCACAUCACUUGUGCACUAGACUCACAGCCAGACAUGUGAAUGUGUCUCCACUGAAAAAUGCAUUGUGUUUGAAGUGUUGUCAGGUGACAUGAAAGCUCACUCUGAGGUGUUUGAUCUGUGAUGGCUGCUUCACACAUGAAAAUUAUUUUAUAGAUGUAACCUCACCCUGGAGAGCAGGACAAGGGCUAUCGCUCCUUUUGAAGAACAGAGAGAGGCCAACUCGAAGAUA